GUGUCCCCAAACUCAGUUCUGUCUCCACAGCGCAUGAACACGUCAACCGAACCACAUGCACAUGAAACAGAGAACCCUAAUCCGAAAAUCACACACGCACCAAACAAAGUUCUCAUCACCUGAUGUAAAGAUUCACCGAUUCAGCACCUCGAGAUCACUCAAUCGUACUCGUCGGCAAUUGGGUUUUUUAGGGUUUCGUUUUAUUGGAUGGAAAAGGAAUGAGUGAACAGAGCGAGGAUAGGACAUACAGGCAUCUGCAUUUUCCGGCGACCAUCGUCGGAGGAUCUUUCGCCGCCGUUGCGAUUUGCCUCUCACUCUUCCUCAUUCUCCAGCAUCUCCGAUCUUACACCAACCCCUCUGAACAAAAAUGGGUCGUGGCCGUUUUAUUCAUGGUGCCCUUCUACGCCUCCGAAUCAAUAAUUUCGUUGUUGGAUCCGAAACUUUCUCUGGCGUGUGAUAUUCUGAGAAACUGCUAUGAAGCAUUCGCCUUGUACUCCUUCGGAAGCUACCUGGUCGCGUGUCUAGGUGGUGAAAAAAGAGUGGUUGACUUCCUCGAACACGAAUCAAGAAAACAGAAGGAACCAUUGUUAGAAAGAGUUAACGAGGACGAGAAAAAGCAUCACAGUCCGAUCCGGAAAUUCUUGUGUCAACCGUACAUCCUUGGAAGAGAGCUUUUUGUUAUCGAGAAGUUUGGUCUCGUCCAAUAUAUGAUCCUCAAGACCGUUUGCGCAUUCUUGGCAUUCUUGUUGGAGCUCUUCGGGGUAUAUGGUGACGGUGAAUUCCGAUGGUAUUAUGGAUAUCCGUACAUAACCGUGGUGAUAAACUUCAGCCAGAUGUGGGCGUUGUUUUGCCUUGUGCAGUUCUACAACGUGACCCACGAGCGCCUUCGGGAUAUAAAGCCGCUCGCCAAAUUCAUCAGCUUUAAGGCUAUCGUCUUCGCCACCUGGUGGCAAGGCGUCGGGAUUGCGUUGCUUUGUUACUACGGUUUACUUCCUAAGCAAGGAAAGUUCCAGGACGAGUUGCAGGAUUUUCUCAUAUGUAUUGAGCAGAUGGCAAUCGCAGCCGUGGCUCACAUCUUUGUAUUUCCCAUCGAGCCUUAUCGUUACAUAACGGCACCCAGGAAUGGCAUGGUCACUACCGAAACAAACAAAUCUAAAGUGACAGUAGAAGAACAUGGUAAGGAAACGCCGACUGUUCUCGAGGAAACGGAAAUUCAGGUGGAGACUCCGAGAACAAGCGUGAAAGAGAGUGUUCAGGACAUAGUUGUCGACGGUGGCCAUCAUGUUGUAAAGGAUGUGGUGCUGACAAUAAACCAAGCGAUGGGACCAGUGGAGAAGGGCAUGACGAAGAUCCAAGAGACGAUACAUCAGAGGCUUACGGAUUCGGACGGUAAAGAAGAAACAGAAGUCGCAGUCGAAGAAACUGGCACGGAAAACGUUUGAUGUCUGGUCAAAUGUUUCCGAGACAAUGAUAUCAUUCCUGUGUUGAAUUCCACACCGAAUAAAAGCCUCGGGGAAAUGAUCCUAUAGAAUGCCUCCAACCCGGGAUGGCACGGAAGCCGAGAGAAUACUUACGGUGAACCGUGACUCGUCUACCCGUGUUUUAAGUACCGAACCGUCAAUCUUGUGAAGAUACUGGCGUGAAAAUGGCGGUGGGCGAUCGAGAUGCAAAGUGUAAUCAGUUGCAGGAUCGGUGUCGUCGAGGGGGAGAGUCACUGACCAAUAGGACAGAACCGUGCUGGUUUCGGGGCAGUUUGAACUCUAUGCGGUUAAGCGGUCUAACAAACAAGUAAUAUAAGCCGGUUAUCGAAUCUCCGUGGAAACUGGUCAAUAAACCAUUUUUUUUAGCCUUGUCGGCUCGACUAGUAUUAGGUACCGGAAAGGUACCUGAAGGCUGGGCCAUCAGAACACGACAGCCUCCCUCGGGGGCAUAACGGCGUUCGAUCUCUCCUUAACUUUUCUUCUCAAAGAGUCUCUGGUAAAAGCUUAGGGUCUUCUCGUUCAGACAGGAAUCUGGUUUCAGAUUCAAGUAAAAACUUCAAUCAAAACACACAGAAUAUGCCAAAAUGCUUGUCACGAGCCAUUAAAAUUUGGUAGAACAGCUUUUGGGGGAAAGGAUGCUUCACAGUCAGCUCCAAAACCCCAGCCCACAGGAACCGAGAACGCAUGUAUGAAGAGUGGAAGAACAAAAAUAUAAAAACAGGGGAACCCCCGGACUCCGACGGAGACUUUCGACCGACGAAAACAACGAGACGAAAGACGGGGGGGAUGCAGCGUUUCGCUAAGGGUAGAUUAGUCUUUUUGCCUCGUUC